UGAUAUUUUAAAAAAUUCCGAUCAUUGGUUAGAACUUGAUUUAAAUAGCUAUGAAGCUCAAUUGCAAAAAAAUAGAUCUCCAAAAUUUGUGGAAAUUGAAAAAGCAUUAACUUUAUGGGUUGAUCGAGCAUUGGAGGCUAAAUUAACAAUUUCUGGUUAUACAUUAUCUACUCAAGCUCAAAAUUUUGCAAAUAUUCUUG